GUCAUUUCAAAGCUUGUCUCUAAGUCCACCAAUGAUACCUAAACAAUUCUUCUUCUUCACAACGUAAAAAAGUAGGAAUCAGAGCAGAAACGCCUGGAGAGAGAUCUAGAUGAAGAAGAUGAGAUGAGAAGAAGAAGUAGAAGUGAAAGCGGAAGCUGAUCUCAAGAUUUUUUAGAAGAAUUAUUGUUGUUCCGGUUACUUACUACCGAUUGUUUUGGCCAGUUAAUUAUUUUUGUCUCGAAUUUGGCCUCCAUUGACUUGUUUAGGAAUUUGUACAGAAGAAUUUGGUGUACUUGGCAUUGAGAGAGAGACUUUUGAAUUUGCACAUUCUGGUUCCGGAGUGUGGAAUUUUGCUGGGAAAAAUGACUGCUCUUGUGAAUGGUAACUCUAAACGCUAUUCUUGGUGGUGGGAUAGUCACAUAAGUCCCAAGAACUCCAAAUGGCUUCAGGAGAAUCUGACAGAUAUGGAUAGUAAAGUCAAGCAAAUGAUCAAGGUUAUUGAAGAAGAUGCAGACUCUUUUGCUAGGCGAGCAGAAAUGUAUUACAAAAAGCGGCCUGAGCUUAUGAAACUGGUUGAGGAGUUUUAUCGAGCAUAUCGUGCAUUGGCUGAAAGAUACGAUCAUGCCACCGGUGUUAUUCGUCAUGCUCAGCAGACUAUGGCAGAAGCCUUCCCAAACCAGGACCCCAUGAUGUUUGGUGAGGAGUCACCUCUUGCUUCUUCCACCGAUGAUUUUGAUCCACAAACGCCUGAGAGUUAUCCGCCAAUCCGAGCUCCAGUUUACCCCGAUGAUUUACGAAAAGGUACUUUGGGGAUUUCUUCCUCUCAUUUGAGUACCGUUAAGCGCAAUAUAGCCUUCAUGGAAGACCCUCAGUCUGUGAGUAGUGGGAAAGGUUUUAAAACUGCAAAGGCAAGGAAAGGACUGAAUUUCAAUGAUGUUGAUGGAAAAGAAAGAAAUGCUAAGGUUCUUUCAGAAUCUGAACGCGCAAGCAAAGCUGAGGCUGAAAUUGUGGCUUUAAAAGAUGCUCUUUCUAAAGUGCAGGCUGAAAAGGAAGCUAGCUUAGCUCAGUUUGAUCAGAAUUUGGAAAAACUGUCUAAUUUGGAGUCUGAAGUAUCUCGUGCACAAGAGGACUCUAGGGGGCUUGUUGAACGAGCCAUAAGAGCCGAAGCUGAGGUCGAAACGCUCAGAGAAUCCCUCAGCAAAGUAGAGGUUGAAAAGGAGUCCAGCCUUCUUCAGUAUCAGCAAUGUCUGCAAAACAUAGCUGAUUUGGAGGAUCGCAUUUCUGUAGCCCAGAAGGAGGCUGGAGAAGUAGAUGAGCGAGCCAACAGUGCCAAAGCUGAAACUCUAGCACUGAAGCAAAGCCUUGUUAGAUCCGAAACUGACAAGGAAGCUGCUCUUGUUCAAUAUCAACAAUGCUUGAAAACCAUAUCUAACCUGGAAGAGAGGUUGCACAAGGCUGAGGAAGAUUCAAGGUUAACCAAUCAGCGGGCAGAAAAUGCUGAGGGUGAAGUUGAAAGCUUGAAGCAAAAGGUUUCCAAAUUAAUUGAAGAAAACGAAGCUUACGAACUCCAAUACCAACAGUGUCUGGACACAAUUGCAGAUUUAAAGCUCAAGCUGUUUCAUGCUCAAGAAGAAACGCAAAGGCUCAGCCGUGAAAUAGAGGAUGGAGUUGCUAAGCUAAAAUUUGCAGAGGAAAAAUGUGUUGUGCUUGAGAGAUCAAAUCAAAAUCUUCACUCUGAGCUGGAUGGUCUAUUGGAGAAACUGGGGAAUCAAAGUCAUGAGCUCACGGAGAAACAGAAAGAGAUGGGAAGAUUGUGGACUUGUGUACAAGAAGAACACUUGCGUUUUAUGGAAGCUGAGACCGCAUUUCAAACCCUACAACAAUUACACUCUCAGUCUCAGGAGGAGCUAAGCACUUUGGCAUUGGAACUGCAAAACAGGUCUCAAAUCCUGAAAGAUAUGGAAGCCCGUAACAAUGUUUUACAGGAGGAAGUUCAGGAAGCCAAAGACCAGAACAAAAGCCUCAAUGAGCUCAAUCUCUCCUCGGCUGCAUCAAUUAAAAGUUUGCAGGAGGAGGUCUCAAAAUUACGAGAGACAAUACAGAAACUUGAAGCCGAAGUUGAACUGAGAGUGGACCAAAGAAAUGCUUUGCAGCAAGAAAUAUAUUGUCUUAAAGAGGAAUUAAGUCAGAUAGGGAAGAAACACCAGUCCAUGGUAGAACAGGUGGAGUUGGUUGGUUUACAUCAAGAAGGCUUUGCGUCUUCUGUCAAGGAGUUACAGGAGGAGAACUCAAAGCUAAAGGAAAUCAAGGAAAGAGAAAGUAUUGAAAAGACGGCCCUGCUUGAGAAGUUAGAAAUGAUGGAAAAGCUUGUUCAGAAAAACCUUCUUCUGGAGAAUUCCAUAUCAGAUUUGAAUGCUGAGCUGGAAACAAUCAGAGGAAAGCUGAAAACAUUGGAGGAAGCUUGUAUGUCACUUGCAGAAGAGAAAUCAGGCCUUCAUUCUGAGAAGGACAUGUUGAUUUCCCGUCUGCAGAGUGCUACAGAAAACAGCAAGAAACUCUCUGAAGAAAACAUGGUACUGGAGAAUUGUCUUUUUAAUGUCAAUGCAGAACUCGAAGAACUCAAGUCGAAAUUGAAAAGCCUAGAAGAAUCAUGCCACCUGCUGAAUGAUGACAAGUCCACUUUAACUAGUGAAAGAGAAAGCUUACUCUCUCAUAUUGAUACAAUGAGAAAAAGAAUUGAAGAUCUGGAGAAAGAACAUGCAGAAUUAAAAGUGAAAGUUUUGGAAUUAGCGACCGAGAGGGAGUCUUCUCUUCAGAAAAUUGAAGAGUUGGGAGUGUCUUUAAAUGCCAAGGACUGUGAGUAUGCUAGUUUUGUGCAAUUUUCUGAGAGUCGGAUGAAUGGCAUGGAAUCAACGAUCCAUCACCUUCAAGAUGAAAAUCAAUGCCGGGAGAGAGAAUAUCAAGUGGAACUGGAUCGAGCUCAUGAUGCUCACAUUGAGAUUAUUGUUCUGCAGAAAUGUUUGCAGGACUGGCUUGAGAAGAGUUCCUCUUUGAUUGCUGAGAAUCAGAAUAUCAAAGAGGCUUCUAAACUGUUAGAGAAGCUAGUUUCUGAACUGAAAGAGGAAAAUAUUGGGAAACAAGUGCAGAUUGACUCCUCAAUUAACUGCAUUAAAAUUCUGAGAACGGGGAUCUACCAGGUAUUGAAGAAGCUUGAUAUAAUUCCAGGUAUAGGUUCCGGUGAUGAGAACUCGCGAGACCAGAAAAAUAUGCAUGAUAUAUUGAAUAGACUUGAUGACAUGCAAACUAUGCUUUUGAGGAUUCGGGAUGAAAACCAGCACUCUGCCAUUGAGAACCUCGUCCUUAUUGAAUUUCUUCGGCAACUUAAAUCAGAAGCUGUAGGUAUCGAAACAGAGAAGAAAAUCCUUGAGGAAGAACUUGAAUCUCAGUGUCAGCAGCUCUUGUUUUCGCGGGAUGAGACCCAGAAACUUAUCUUCGUGAACGGAGAAUUGACCACAAAAGUUAAUCAAGGUGUCAACAGAGAAAAAGUUUUGACGGUGGAAAUUGAGGAUUUGCACAGGCAGGUGUUGCAGAUACGAGAUGACUACACCAUUUUGCAGGGAGAUAAUUACAAAACGUUGGAUGAGAAAGCAUACUUGACAAAGUCGACAUUGCAGUUGGAGGAGGAGAAACGUAAACUAGAAGAGGAUAUCUCUUUGCUUUUGUCGGAGACUAUAUAUCAAAGCAAUCUCAUCAUUCUAUUGGAGGAUGUCGUCUUGGAAAAACUUUCAGGAGCAAUGAAACUAAACGAGGAUCUAGACAGACUCAGUAUUGUCAAGUGUAAGCUUGAGGAAGAGUUAAGGGAGGUUGGUGAUAAGUUAAAAUCUGCAGACAUUGCGAACUUUCAGCUUCAAGGUGUGCUAGAGAAAUCGAAUGCCGAACUACUCUCUGCCAAAUCAGCCAAUGUUCAUUUGGAACAUGAAAUAGCUAAUGUGAAGGAUCAGUUGGAUCAGAAGGAGAAAGAGCUUUUAGAAGCAAUGCUGAUGAUCUCCAUCAUGCAAAAUGAAAAAUCUGAAUUAUCUAAGGCAGUGGAGGGUUUAGAAUGUAGAUACAAGGAAGCUAAAGCGAUAGAAGAGGAUAAGGAUAAGCAGGUCUUGAGACUCCGUGGAGAUUACGAUGAGCAGGUCAAGAAGAAUAGUCAUUUGAAUGAAGCUAAUCUGAAAUUGGAAGCUGACUUGAUGAACUCAGUCAUAGAACUCGAAGAAAUCAACGUGGAGAAGGAAAAUCUGAACCAGGAGCUUUUUAAAGAAAGGAAUGAGAUUGAACUAUGGGAGUCUCAAUCUGCAACAUUGUUUGGAGAGUUGCAGAUUUCGGCUGUUCAUGAAAUAUUGCUUGAAGGGUUGACCCAUGAGCUGGCCGAAGCCUGUAAGAACCUUGAAAGCAGAAGCACAUUAAAAGACAGGGAGAUUGAGCAGUUUAAAGGAAGACUGAACAACUUAGAGGAUGCGAACAAAGGACAAAACGAUCUUAUGUGCAAAUACGCCCAAGCUAUUUCCCUGUUGAAGGAAAGCAUACAAUCUCUGGAAAAACAUGCCAUGCCUCACGAAUUCGAGAAUGAGCCAGCCACAGACACUGCUUCAUUGGUGGAUAACAACGAUGGCAUCUUAGAGAUACAAGAAUUGCGUUUGAGAAUCAAAGCUAUUGAGGAGGCAGUAACCAAAAAGCUUGCAAUUGAAGAACUAAAAACUUCCUCUGCCCGAAGAAGCAGAAGGAGAAGUGGAAGCCUGCGGAAACAGAACCAUGAAAUCUACUCCGAGGAAACCGAGAUGAUCACAAAAGAUAUCGUACUCGAUCAGGUUUCUGAUUGCUCAUCAUAUGGGAUAAGUACAAGAGACAUUUUGAAGAUAGAAGAUGGUCACAGUUUAGAGGUGAAGUCACAAAACCCUCCGAAAGGUAAAUCCUUGUCUGAAGAGUCAUUGGUUGUGGACAAACUAGAGAUCUCUGAUAGAUUCACGGAUCCAAACAAAGAUGCAAACAAGAGGAAAGUUCUCGAGAGACUUGAUUCAGAUUUACAGAAGCUCGCAAAUCUUCAUGUCGCUGUUGAAGAUUUGAAAAGCAAAGUGGAGACAGAGGAGAAAGACGAGAAAGGAAAAGAAAACGAGUACGAGACGAUCAAGGGACAGAUCAAUGAAGCUGAAGAAGCAUUAGAGAAACUAUUAAGCAUCAACAGGAAACUGGUGACGAAAGUCCAAAACGGAUUUGAGAGAUCAGAUGGAAGCAAAUCGUCAAUGGAUCUUGAUGAGAAUGAGAGUAGCAGAAGGAGGAGGAUAUCAGAACAGGCGAGAAGAGGAUCAGAGAAGAUUGGUAGGUUACAGUUGGAGAUACAGAGAUUGCAGUUUCUGUUACUAAAAUUGGAAGGAGAUAGAGAGGAUCGAGCAAAAGCAAAGAUAUCAGAUAGCAAAACGAGGAUUCUUCUUCGGGAUUAUAUCUAUAGCGGAGUGAGAGGUGAGCGACGAAAGAGGAUAAAAAAGCGGUUUGCGUUUUGUGGGUGCGUGCAACCGCCUCCAUCUCCUUGAUAGUUAGAACUUAGAACUGUUGUUGCGAGUAAGCUAAAUAAUGUUCAUGUGAAUGGAAACGAAUUGAAGUUUGAUAUGAAAGAGAAACACACUUUUGCUAAUAUCUGUUAA